UGAUGAACUUUGACCUCAGAAACUAUCUGAAGAUUGUGCAUAUAUUUUCUGUUUCGGCUUUUAUCGGCGCCAAAGGAGUGGAACCAAGAUAUAUCUUGUUGACCAAAUCGGCCUUGCAAUAGAGCACUGUACACACAGUUACAAUGGAGGAGCUGUCCCCUGUCAAAAAGUUUUAUGAUGGGAAGACCAUAUUCAUCACAGGUGCCACAGGUUUCUUGGGUAAAGUGCUCAUAGAGAAGCUACUGCGAUGCUGUACAGGGAUAAAGAAAAUGUAUCUGCUGGUGAGGCCUAAGAAAGGGCAGGAUGUAGAAAACAGAGUACAGGAUUUGGUACAGUGUAAGGUUUUUGACAAGUUACGGAAAGAGCAGCCAAAUUUCCAUGAGAAACUGAUUGCCAUUGGUGGAGACAUCCAAGAGCCUGAGAUCGGAAUUGACCAAGCAGACUUACAGCUGUUGAAGGAAGAAGUUGAUGUUGUAUUCCACAGCGCAGCUACUGUCAAAUUCGAUGAGCCAUUGAGGUUGGCACUAGAGCUGAAUGUCAUUGGUGUACAAAAGAUGAUAAAAUUGUGUAAGCAAUUGAAGCAUUUGGAGGCAUUCGUACACGUUUCGACAGCCUAUGCAAACUGUGACCGUCCGUUUAUAGAGGAAGUGAUCUACCCAGUCCCGGUUCAUCCACACAAACUACUGGAUUCCCUUGAGUGGAUGGAUGAUGACAUGCUGAAUUCUAUCACCCCUAAGUUACUGGGUAACAAACCCAACACCUACACGUACACCAAACAGCUGGCAGAGCACCUGCUGGUCACAGAGGGCGCUUCUCUACCACUUGCCAUCGUCCGACCCUCCAUCGUGGGGGCGGCUUGGAAGGAACCGGUGGCAGGAUGGAUUGACAACUAUAAUGGUGCUAGUGGCAUCUACAUAGCUACAGGUAAGGGUGUGUUAAGGACUAUGAAGGCAGAGAACAGCGCUGUGGCAGACAUCGUACCAGUAGACAUCCCCAUCAACAUGAUGAUAACAGUAGCCUGGUACACCGGGGUGACCAAACCCAAGUCUACCCUCAUCUAUCACGCCUGCACGGGGGCUGUUAACCCCUUCACUUGGGGGGAAAUGGAACCAAUCGUCAGAAAUUCCUUCAAGAGGAUUCCCCUGGACUGUGCCUUCAGACGACCCAACUUGUUCCUUACGAAUAACAGCUUGCUUCAUGAUUACUGGAUCUUCGUUAGUCAUUUGAUACCAGCAUAUAUGUUUGACCUUGCCUACAGCGUGCUCGGCAAAAAGCCAAGAAUGGUCAAGACGUAUAACAAACUGCAUAAGACAAUUGGCACGUUGGAUUACUUCACCACUCAUUCGUGGGAGUGGACUUACCACAACCUGGACAUGCUGCGCAACCAGCUCAGUGCCGAGGAUAAAAAGACAUUUUACUUUGAUCCACGAGCCCUUCACUGGCCGACGUACAUAGAGAACUAUUGUCUUGGCACGAAACAAUACAUCCUGAAUGAGGAUAUGGCAGGACUACCUGCUGCGCGAGCACAUAUGAGGAAACUGCGGAACAUUCGUUACGCAUUCAACACAGUGCUCGUUGUUGCUCUCUGGAGAAUACUAAUUGCCCGAUCAGAUAUUGGCCGAAAUCUUUGGUAUCUCAUCAUGGGGCUUGUGUUCAAAUUUGUCCGUUACUUUCGAGUGACAAGCACAAUCCGAAAGGAGUAACCUGUACCAAGAGCGGAAGGAAGUGUCCAUCAUCCAAUCACUGCCAUUGGCUGAGGGAUCUUGUAACAUGAUUACCUCCCUUGCCAGUUUGUUAACCAUCAUUCAAUUUUAUCAUUGGUGAUCAGAGCAAGCUUUUGUUGCCGUCUUUUUGUCAGCAUUACAUUAUGAAAGUAAAUAUAGUCUCAUGUAAGAACAUAUUUUCACAUUUGAUGGCUGACAGCUUUUUUUUUUUUAUUGGACAUGCCUGUUCAGUGGUGCAUCAUAUUUUCAUGAAAGUUGAAUAAUUUUAUGCAAAUGAGUGCUAUUUGUUAGUAUCUCUUUUCAGCUUUUUAUGAAUUACACCAGUCAUGUAUUAUCUACAUUGGUAACAGCAUCCAUGGGAACUUGGUUAUAUGUAUUAACUGGUAGAAAUUUACUAAAAUUGUUAUUUGUUUAUUUGGGUUUUAGAGGACACCUUUUGAUAAAUAAAAUGUUUAACAUAAGCAUAUUAGUUUUAUUAAAAUUAAAAAAGCCUUUUUGAAAUGCGUUCAGGAAGUGGUUCUUGGGAGAAUCUGUAAAUGUUGUAGCGCACACUGCACUUGUCUUCAGAAUAAUUGACAUUUAUGGUUCUGUCACUCCAUGAACCAGUCUGUGGUUUUAUUAUGAGAAGUAAAUUAUGUAGUUUUAUUUGUGUUGAAAGUCUGUUUUUUAAAGUUAUAAUUUACUUGUAAAUACAUUUUAAAAAAAGAUAAAAGAAGAAAAUCAAAGUGAAGUACGCAAUAUACCUCAGUGUUGGUGGAUCUCGUACUUGUUUAUGAUACUGAUGUCAGGUCACCAUGACCUAGUUUGUUUUGUUGUCAUGGAUAAAACAGUCCUAGUUGAUCCCGUUUUAAGAAUAAGACAGUCCUAGUUGACUCCUUUAUAAGGAUAAGACAGUCCGAGUGGAUUCCUUUACAAGGAUAAAACAGUCCUAAAUUAUCCCCUUUGAAAGGAUAAGACUAUCCAAGUUGUCACCUUUUUAAGGAUAAGACAUCCUUGUGCCCCUUGUAAGGAUAAAUCAGUCCCAGUUGAUCUUGUUUUAAGGAUAAAUCAAUCCUCGUUGAUAAGUGUUUCAAGAAUAAUUAAGUCCUAGUUAUCUCUUGUUAAGUCCUACAGGUCUCCUAUUGAAAGUAAGAGAGUCCUUCAUGUAGUUGUCCAUUGUUCCAGUGUCUCCCAGCUGCUGAGAAUAAAAUUACUCACAGACCCUACCUAAAGGGCUGUAGGCUGUCUGAGGGUCCCAGGAUUGAAGAUAAGACCUAGUUCUAUCAGAAUUUGGUCAGUAUUGUCUGUAUGUGUCCUGUUGUUGAAUAGCUUUUGGUCAUAUGUAGUGACACAACUAGUAAAACAUAAAUUGGCUUCCCGGUGUUACUAUUAUAGUCAUGAAUAAAUUACUGAAAGGUUUUCAAUAAUGGAAAAUUGUUUUAUUAUACAAUGAUAAUGUGAAAUUUAAAUCUAUUAAUUUAUACAUUAUAUGUAAAUGUAUGAAACACUUGUGUAAAUACUUGUAUGAGAGUUUGUGAAAGUAAUUUACAUUAUUUGUAUCAAGAAAACAUUUUGUACAUAUAUUUAAUGUAGGCAACAAAAAUGGCUUGGUCUAAUUGUAACAUUUUCAUAUUGGAAAUCGUUAUUCAUGGUGCUCUUCAUUUAUUGUGGUGAGAGGCGACAUGUUAAGGCACUUGGUUGAUGUUUGAGAUGCUGUUUCUUAUCCAUGUUAAGGUUAUGGUAUACUUGACCGUACAAAUUUUCAGCGCUGUCACUAGCUGUUAAGGCUGACUUCAACUCUUAGCCUUAGAGUUUUUAAGCUAAGCAUGUUUAUAUAAUUUUGGUAUUCCCAUCUCGCAUCACUUGCAGAAAUAUCACAGAGACAGGCAUCAUCAUUACAAGACUGCAAAUAUGUCCUAAAAAUGAAAAAUAUUUUAUUAUUUGUUGUAGGAUCAGCUUAAGUACUGAACAUUGAUAAUGAUCGUAUUUACAGAGCUGUCGUUUUGUCAAUCCACAUAAGAAGGCUAAACUAUGGCUAUUUGUCAUCAGUACUUAAUGAACAGUGCUUAGUUUAUUUUAUAUAUGAUCAUUGGUAGAUCACGUCCCUAUUCAAAUAGUAUUUUCUUCUCAUCAGAAUUUUUCUUUAAGGUCAUUGUUUGAUUGCGUUUAUUGUCAGUUUUUCCUUUUCUUUAUUACCCCUAUAUGAAAUACUGAGCUGUAAAUGAUUUCUGUGGAAUGGAUUUUGCAAAGGAAGAACAGGUAGCUUAUGUUGUUGUUCAGUGCUAAACACAGUUUAUAUUUUGUACAUGUUUAAAAUGGUAAAUACAUAUACUUGCAACUGUUUCCAUUCAUAUCUUCAAUGCUCUUGAUGUAUUCCCAAGAGGACAUUGUCAGAAGUGUAUAUUGUGUACCGUGUUGUGUCGCUACUGAACAAAUUGCUCUUGUAUAUUUGAAGUCUUCAUGUUAUAAAUGGUUCAUGUUUCCAUUCUUAUAGGCUUAGUAUAAGCGCUACAUGUAACUUCCUGUACAGAUGUAAAUAACUUGUGUGGAGGCUACUUUAUGGGUGUACCUUCUGUAUUGGCUGUAAGAGGCAUACUUGUCUAUUGUAAGAUACAAGAGUAAGUAGCCAAUUUUGAAGUAGUAAUCAUGCUGCCAUUUGCUAACUUUUUGUAACUGUAUUAAGAAUAUUAACCAUGUAUUAAAUGGGCUUAUCAGCCUGCUUGUGUCAGCUGGGUGUGAUUACUGGACAGAAAGGAUAGGUAUACUGAAUAGGCAUAUAGUACAAGUGAUGAGGACAAUUACAUGUUCAAAGAAAACUGUAUAUCGGAUCUGAGUAAGCCCUUUUCAAAAAGUUUUCCUUACUCUUUCUUUUCUCCACUUCUUUUGCCUGUUCUUAUGAUGUACAUGUGGUGAUUGUAAAGGUCUGGGGUAGAUUCCACACAAUCAUUUUUGAUCUUGGAAUACAGCACAUGUACUGCAAAAUUUAUUGCUUCAGAUAUUCAGUUUCUGGUAGAUUUCUUUUAACAUCACGCUAAAUAAUUGGGUGUUUAAAAUGAAUUAGAUUUUGAUGUCAAAAGUGACUGUGUGGAAUCAUGCAAUAUUAAAUAGAUGAUUGAGGGAAUAUAUAGUCUAGAACUUCAGAAAAGUCUCCCACAAGCUGAAAAUACAGAUGGUUGUCCGUACACAGCCCAGGGUCAGGUGGAGGAUUUAAAUGAUAAUCUUGUACCUUGUAGUAUGAAUAACCAGAGGACCAAUGGUGAGGAAUGAAGACUGUCUAACAUCUGGACAAAAGCAAUGUGUUGUUUUUUGCUCCUUUGCUGGAUAGUCUGAUUCUCACAGGACUACAUGUGCUCUUCUCAAAAAAGAAUUUCGCCAGUAACUUCCAUUGUUCAGAGAACUGGUGGGAUUCAUUUACGAUUUGAUAAUAAGGCCCAUUUUAGCAAAAAUUUGUGAAUCCAUUUUUUAUUGCACUGUAAAAGAUAUAUGGGUAGGUAAUGUGAGAACUUUGUCUUGGUAAAGACCAUUUUGUUAUUAACUUUGCGUGUGUCUAACAUUUGUGCAUGUAUAUGUUGUGCAUGGUUAUAUGUAUUGUAGUUUGAUGUGUUUAAGGUCAGAGAUUAUAUCUGGGCUGGGUCAAGACAUUUGUUCAUCAACCUUCAUGUAAACAGGUACAUGUAUGUUGAAAUUUUUCCCUUUUUAUGCUGUUAUAAAUGUCUAAGUGGCCUAUGCCUUCUAAAUCCGGUUUAUUUACAGUGUGCAUACUAACCGAUAGUUGUCUAAAAUAAAGUGAACUGGGCUGAAAUGUUUUUGCUUGUGAUUUUUACAAGUUGAAGUAACAAUCAUGUCAGAAGUUAUUAACACUAUGCAUGAUAAUCUCUCAGUUAGCAGUGGGGGAAGCCAUGUUGCCCACGGUAAAACACUUACCACUGCACACUGUAUUCAUGUAGACAAGUGAUUUUCAACAAACGUUGAGAUGUUCACGUGUCUUUAACCUCUCAGCCAUGCCCCACAUUUAUGAAAAGGUCAGACUCUAGAAAAUCUAUUAAAACUUCGCAUCCAGCUUGAUGGGUGGGGUAAACCACCAACCUCUGG